UUAAUCUUGGCUUUAUUUUCUGUUGGUUGUGUAUUAUUGGUUAAUAGGAUGAUAUAUUGAUAUAUUUGUUUUCUGUUUGAUGAAAUUAGUAGCUUUCUGUUAUGUUGUUGUUUUGAUUAAGUUUGAAUGAAAUGCUGCAUAGGUUGUUUAUCAGAAAGAGGGGAAAAAUUGAAAGAACUCUGGCAUUUUUCUUAUGGUUAUUUUUUGGGGAUCUUUCUGUGCGGAGCCGGCCUGAGGCCAAGCCGCCGCUUAUGCUAAUGAACCGGGCACCAGGAUAGUUAAAUAUUUCAGGGGCAAAUUUUUUUCUUUAUAAAGAAGAAAAGAAAUCAAAAUUAUAUAGAGGCACAUAUAAAAUAAAAUACAGGGCACAAGAGAAUGAUAUGCUUAUAGAUGUUAAUCAUGAACAAAUUUGCUAGCAAAAAUGAUAUAGGGAUAUCUUUCUCAUGUAUUAAAUUUUAAAAUCAUUUCAGGGCGGCCCUGUUUCUCUGAUUUUAAAACCAGAAGGGGAAACUAAAACUGGACAACCAGGGAUUGAACUACAUCAGGCUGGAAAAUUGCAGUCGAAUGCCACGGAAUUCAAGAACGACGAGAGAAAUCAAUACAAGCUGAUGCUGCAGACUUAUGCUCAAAGAAAUAAACUUGGCAUGCCAGUGUAUUCAAGUGAUAAGAAAGGCCCACCUCAUGCUCCGUGUUUCAAGGCCACAGUAUAUGUUGAGGGACACCCUUAUGACAGUCCAGGGACUUAUAAGACUUUGAAGGAAGCUGAGCAUGCUGCUGCACAAGUUGCUCUUCUUUCAUUUACAACAGAUACCUUUCAAAAGAAUUGCCCUCCACUCUACAAGAACAUCUUACAAGAGUUAGCUCAAAGUGAAGGUUUCAUUUUCCCAGUAUAUAAAACUGAAAAUUCUGGUGAACCUCACAAUCCAUCUUUCAUAUCCACUGUGGAAGUAGAAGGAGAGAUGUUUCAAGGCACGGUAGCGAAAUCCAAAAAACAAGCAGAAUCCAAUGCUGCAAGGGUUGCUUACACUGCUUUUAUGGAACGUAAAAGAAGUCGAACUGCUAAUAGCUCAUCUUCUUCCUCGGCACAUGAAACUUUAGAAGUCAAGGCUGGGUCAGUAUUUCCUACUUUUGUCAAUGCCCAUGGAAAAUUCCAAUCUGAUUGUCCCCAACAUCUAACUCAGAAUUCAAACUACAGGAAACAAUGUAUUCAGGAAAAAGAUGACUAUGAGGAUUGUCCUACUGAAAGUUUACCAGACUAUUCUAAAUACAGCUUGCAGAAGUUUAUUGAAUCUCCAGCUUCAGCUGACAUGGAUAACACAACCGGAAACAGUGACUCACACUUCUCGCCAGAAUCAAUACGCCUGUCAUCCACAGGAGGACAACCAUCAUCAAUCAUUACGCCUCCUGAUCUUUCCUCUCUCACAAUCCGAAGUCCUACCCUGAAGAAAUCUGAUGAAACUGAAAGCUACUUGCUCUGCAACAGAUACAGAGUGUACACCCGCAUUCCUGAUAUAGACUUUCCAAAAGGCACCAUUCUUCUACCAAUUGCUGAGGACCAGUGGGUUGCUGUGAGCAUAGAAUUACCUAAUUAGAUAGAUUUAUAGUUAACUAGAUUCUGUGUUUCUCUUUCUAUCCAACAGAAUCCUUCUCUAUAAAUUAUUUUAAAUAAUAGGCAUCAUGUCCUGGUGGAAGAUAAUCUGUUCUACAUCACCUAAUUCUUAGGGUGAUGAUGUUGUCCUGUUCCAGUUUGUCUAAACCCUUACUUGUUGCAUUACUUGAUUCACAUCUUAGUUGCUCACACAAUUUAUUUCUUUGUUACUCUCUAUUAACUUGUUUAUUUC